UUCGCCAUUUUUGUAGAAAAGGGCGUGGGCGCAGGAAAAUAACAUUUUUGAAAGAACAAUGUAUUCCACAGAAUAUUCGUUUAUUUUCAGAGGACUGAAGUUCUAUGUUUUGCACAUAGCGAUUGUUUUACUUCUGCGUGGUGCAUCUGGUGUUGAUAAAGAUGGGGUGUCAGUGUCAGUGAUGGAGGGAGACUCUGUCACUCUACACUCUGAUGUUUCAAAAACCCAACAAGAGAGAAUUAAAUGGUAUUUUAAUGACACGUGUGUGGCUGAAAUGAAUGGUGAUCGCAGUAAAAUAUGUGCAAGUGAUCAAUGUCAUGAUGAUAAAGAAAGACUCAGAGAAGGAAUAAGGCUGGAUCAUCAGACUGGAUCUCUGACCAUCAUGAACAUCAGAACCACAGACUCUGGAGAAUAUAAACUACAGAUCAUGAACAACAGCAGCAGCAGCAUCAGGGAAAAGAUAUUCAGUGUUACUGUCCUUGGUGUUCCUGCUGCAGAAAUAGAGGAAGUAAAAACUAAAUCAGUGAUGGAGGGUGAAUCUGUUACUUUAGACAGUCAUAUGCUAAAAAAAUCGAAUGAUUUUAUAGCAUGGUAUUUUAAUGACAUUCUCAUCAUUGAAAUCAAUGGACAUCUCAGAUAUGUCUGUACAGAUGAACAGUGUAAUAAAGGUACUGAGAGAUUCAGAGACAGACUGAAGCUGGACAAUCAGACUGGAUCUCUGACCAUCAUCAACACCAGAAUCACAGACUCUGGAGAUUAUCAUCUAGAGAUCUUCAGCAGCAACUUCAGCAUUAGCUACAUUAGGAGCUUCAGUGUUACUGUCACUGGUGUUUUGGGUGUUUUGACCGAUGGGGGGUCAGUGUUUGUGAUGGAGGGAGAUUCAGUCACUCUACAUACUGGAGUUAAAAAAAGCCAACACGACAGAAUUGUGUGGUAUUUUAAUGACUCAUUCAUUGCUCAAAUCAAUGGAAAUCAAAAUAGGAUUUCUAGUGUUACAGACAGCCUUGUGUUGGACAGUCAGACUGGAUCUCUGACCAUCACAAACAUCACAACCACUGACUCUGGAGUUUAUAAAGUACAGGUCAUCAGCAGCAGAAUCAGUCAGAAGAUAUUCAGAGUUUAUGUCAAUGAUGUUCCUGGUGCAGAGACAAAUAACAUAAAGACAAUGCCAGUGGCGAAGGGAGACUCUGUCACUUUAGAUCCUGGUGUAAUAAAAAAAACAAAUGACUUGAUGACAUGGUAUUUUAAUGAUAUUUGCCUUGCUGAAGUCACUGGAGAUCAGAGUAAGAUCUGUACGGAUGUUCAAUGUAAUGAAGGUAAUGAGAGAUUCAGAGACAGACUGAAGCUGGAUCAUCAGACUGGAUCUCUGACCAUCAUGAACACCAGAAACACAGACUCUGGAGUUUAUAAACUACUGAUUAACAGCACCAAUAGCAGCAUUCGUCACCGCCGCCACAGCAGUAUCACCAUCAGCAGCUUUAAGAGCUUCAGUGUUGCUGUCAUUGAAUCAGGUCAGUCUGUAGCAGGAAUAUAUGCUUGUGUUGGCAUUUUUCUGCUCGUUUCUGUAGCUGUAUCUGCUGGUGUAGUUUGCUGUCACCAUAAUGACUCUAUACAACCAGGACAGAAUGAGCAUCAUGUUGAACAUUCAUCCACUAAUAUGGUUGAGAUGACAUUGAUGACUGUUGCCAAUGAAUCAGCUCCUAAUCAGACAUCAAUAUGGCUGCGCUGACUGGACAAGUUUUAUCACAUGCCUCAUGUGUCAUGUGUCCUUCAUGUGUGCUGACCUAUUUGAAAAACAAUUCAAUGUGAGCUAGCAGAAGGGCUGUGCAAUGAAUCAUUCGACUUUGGGUUCCAGCGGAUAUGAAAACAUGAUAAGAUAAAAUGAUAAUUUAAAACAGUGUGGUUUCGCCCCUUAAAGUGUGCUUUGAUCUCUUUGUGAAAACAAAACUGGCAUAUGGUCAAAGUCAUUGAAAGUUGAAAUAGAAGUGUCAAGAACUCAAGUUAAUAAUUAAUGAUCUUAACCGUGUCAUGUUUGGUAUCAAUUUUACAGUCUCAGUGUGAUUAGAAAUAUGAUCUCAGUUUCAUAUCAGUAGAACAGAUCAAAAAUAAAGAAUCAGAAUCUGAGGAAAUUCUGUGCUACUGGUGCGGGGUGUGCCCCUGAUAAGGUCUUUGCCAGAUGUUGUUUUUCUACCUCAGGUUAGAUUUGGCUUUCAGGUCACCUCAGGUCCCAGCAAAAGUCUGUUAAAGCUUUUAUUAUGCAAAAUUUAUGAUUGUUUUGUUCUGAUUUGGGUAUUUAAAGAGGAAUAAAGAGGAAACAUUCAAGGAAGAAUCUGUAAAUAAAACUUCCCGCA